AUGAGCCUGGCUUCGGAAGGGACAGAUCGGACAGUCCCGGUCUGGGACGGUCGCCAUGAGACAUGGCACCACUUCUUGGUCGAAGUCAAAUGGACCCUUAGUGCAAUGAAAGCGACAGAGAGACCUUUACUUGCAGCUCGGCUGAUCAAACGAAAUCUCCAGGCGGGACCUGCACCUCUAGUCCAGCUUCUUUACAAACUAGAUCCCUCUGAAUUCCGUGAAGAGCAAGAUGUUGAUCGUUUGAUUCGAUUUCUCGAAUCGUCUCCUUUGAACAAGCAACCGCUGCCCGAAGCUGGCAAUCGCAUCGGAGCAUACUACCGAAGGCUUCACCGCAAACGCCAUGAAUCGGUUCGGCAAUACAUUGUCCGUGAGGAGAAGGUACAUGACGACAUGCUGAAAGCUUUGCAGCGACUACUCAGAGAGCGUGAGCUUGAUUUUGAGCAGUACGAUUGCAGCAUAGCCGAAUUGAAGGAAUUCUGUGGGAUGAAAGAUGGAGCAUCUGUGUACUUCGAGGAUGGAGCUUCUUUUGCAUCGCCCUCGGAAGCUGGAACCAAUCCUUUUGACGAAGGGGAGACAGAGAGCAGUUGGCUUUUGCUGGAAACCUGCAUUCCUGGAGACGAGAACGGCAAACGAAUGGUGAAAGCUGCAACAAGAAACAAGUUGACCUACCAGGAAAUCCGAAGUGCCUUAACGAACAUGUACGAGGACAGUCAGAGCAGCCAACAUCGACACAGUGGAAAAGGUUACCACUUCAUGAUGGAUCAGAGCGGUGACGAUGAUUACUGGCAACAAUUUGGAGACCACUAUGAGGACGAUGAGAGUGGUUUCUAUCACAGCUGGGACGAUGAAUCUUGGCAGGACCUCCAAUGGCAAGCCUUUGAGUCAGAGCCAUCAAUCUGGGCUCAGGUUGAUUGGCAUGAGAAUGAUUGGCAAACUCCAGAGGAAGAACAUGAUCCUUCUGAGCCUGGAGCAGCCAGUGAAGACUUCAAAGUGCUGUUUCAAGCUCAAGAGGAAGCCGAGAAACAUCAUCGUGAACUGCAGAUCAUGAUGGCUGAGAACGACCGCAACCUUGCGGAGGCUCGUCGCGCGGUCGCAGCGGCAACCGAAGACCGCGGAUGGGGAGCCGGUCCUCAACAAGGCAAAGGCCGGAUGACUACCACUUACCCUGGAAAAG